UCAGCGCCAAAUGCGACGGUUGACAGCGGAUCACGUUCGCGUUUUACUUUUGUGCGGAUUCAGUUGAAUUUUUGUUAAUGGUAUUCGCGGUUUUAAACUACUUAUGCACAACGCACAACACAAAACAGUAACAACAAAAUUGAAUAAUAUUAAACACAAGAAAUAAAGAAAUAUUCAACCGGUUCUCAACGAUCAACGUCAAAAUAGAAUUCAGACAAUAAAGAAGACAAAAGGCACAUAAAACCAAUCGUAAUGGGCACUAAAAUCGAGUACGUCGAUACGACACAUUUAUACGCUUCGAAAUACAUUCGAAACUCAAAAGCAAUCGGAGUUCUUUGGGCGAUCUUCACAAUUUGCUAUGCGAUCAUUGGAAUUGUGGCAUUUGUGACACCAGAGUGGAUUGGAGAUCCGGAUAGCGACAGCGCAGGUCGUUUGGGUCUUUGGCAGCAAUGUCAACGCGAUGAGAUCUUUGACAAUUGCCGACGUCGCUGGGAGAACAUUUUGGCAGUGCCAACAUUUUCAUUCCAGUUGGCCACUUUCUUUAUGAUUGGAGCCGUUGGUUUGGCCUUGCUCACCAUAUUCUUUUUGGUCUGUUUGCUGUUUAUGAAGUCAACGCGCGUCUUUCACAUUUGCGGCUGGAUGCAGAUCAUAUCAGCUCUUUGCAUGAUUGUGGCAUGUGCCGCAUUUCCUUUUGGCUGGAACUCUGAUGACUUCCGCAAGAUUUGCGGACCAGAGGCGAAUCGAUUUGAGUUGGGGCUUUGCGGCAUUCGUUGGGCAUAUCCAUUGGCCAUUAUUGGCUGCAUUGAUGGCGUUGUCUUAGCCACGUUGGCCUUCAUUUUGGCCACGCGUCACGUGCGACUUCAGCCUGAUCCCAUUUAUCAGAACUCGCUCUACAAAGGUGAAAUCAAUAACGCGUAUCUAACGGAUGCCAUCAGCUUAGCUGGUUCACGCAAGUCGAAUCCUCACAUAACUGGCUUGAAUCUGCAGCCCAUUUUGCUGGUGGCGCCACCUAACGAGGACAGCAUCUCACAGUUUUCGCGCUACCACUGAGAUUACCUUGCCUCUAGCGCAUUUUCAACGAACUAACGCAACUCGAUCGACUUGGGUUGUUGUCCGCGCUAAAGUUGAAAAGUUCCCGCGCACUGACUGCGUUGAGUUGGGCUUUUUUUGAACGAACUGGCUUAGCGAAGACACAAACCAGCAAGUGCGUGGGAUUUUCGUUAAAUGUUGAAAUUGCUGUUGGCUGUUACAAUUUUUAAAAACGUGUGAAGCUGAUUGUAUUUGUAUGUUUGUGUGCGUGUUAAAGUUAGACUGAAUGAUGAAUGAUAAUAAUUAAACUAAUUUAAAAAUAUAUGUGUGUAUACUAGCUUGUGCCUAAAUUGAAAUGUUAAGUGUGUAAGAAAUGAUCGCUGCCUGUAAUAUAUCUAUGCCCAUAAAUAUAAUGAUGUACAAAAUAUAUACCUUUUACUAUAUAUACCGAACAUAAAAU